ACUGAAUACAUAAAUAUUGUAUUUCAACAGAAAUACCCGUAUUUUUCACUCCAUAAGACGCACCUGACCAUAAGAUGCACCUAGAUUUUAGAGGAGGAAAACAAGUAAAAAAAAUUCUGAACCAAUGGACUGCAGACACAGUACAGGAGAUGACCAGAGACUGCAGACACAGUACAGGAGAUGACCAGAGACUGCGGACAUAGUACAGGAGAUGACCAGAGACUGCAGACACAGUACAGGAGACGACCAGAGACUGCGGACAUAGUACAGGAGAUGACCAGAGACUGCAGACACAGUACAG